AUGGUACUUGCAGAUGAUGAUAUGAAUGAGAUCAAAUCUGUGAAAAGCCAUUUCGUCAAGCUAUUUAGCAUUAAGGACCUUGGGCCUUUGCAUUUCUUCCUUGGGCUUGAAGUGGCUCGAUCUCAGAGUGGGAUUGUGCUCAAUCAACGAAAAUACGUUCUUAAGUUGCUUUCAGAUAGUGGAUUGCUUAGGGAUGAGCCUAUUUCCACUCCCGUUGAGCCCACUCUUCGCUUAUGUCAAAACCAAGGGGAGCCCCACUUAGACCCUGCAGCAUAUCGUCGUCUCGCUCACUUUGAAGCGGCUUGUCGUGUUUUACGAUACCUCAAAGGGUCACCUGCAAAGGGUCUUUUAUUUCUGUCAAAGAAUGCCCUUAGUCUAUUCAGGUUUGCUGAUGCAGACUGGGCAACAUGUCCUAAUACACAAUGUUCCACCACCGGAUUUUGUGUUUUCCUCAGGUCAUCUAUUAUCUUGUGGAAGUCUAAAAAGCAAAGCACAGCGAGUCAAUCUUCAGCAAAAGGCUUCGUUUUAGAGCUUAGCUUUUAG